AUGCCUCGAGCCGAAGUGGGAUCAACGAAGCACAUCGCCAACCAAAUGAAGGCGAAAGGCCUUCAGCGGUUGCGAUGGUACUGUCAAGCGUGUCAGCGGCAAAUGCGAGAUGAAAACGGUUUCAAGUGCCAUGUCGCCUCGGAAUCCCACGUCCGCCAAAUGCAGCUGAUCGGCGAAGAUCCUCGAAAAGCCAUCAACGACUUUUCCAACCAGUUCCUCCGCGACUUCAUACAACUCCUGCGGACGGGCCACGGGGAGAAAAAGGUCAACGUGAACCACUUCUAUCAAGAAUACAUUUCAAACAAGGAACACAUUCAUAUGAAUGCGACAAAGUGGAGUAGUCUGACCGAGUUUGCGAAGUAUCUAGGCAGAGAAGGGAUAUGCCGCGUGGACGAGGAUGAGAAAAACGAAAGCAAGACCGGUGCAAGUGGGCUCACAAUCAGUUGGAUUGACAAUAGUCCCGAGGCACUCCGGCGCCAGGAGGCGAUUCGAAAGAAGGAACGACAAGAUCGAGGCGACGAACUUCGUGAACAACGGAUGAUAGAACAACAGAUCCGAAAGGCAAAGAGUCAAGGGUUGGGGGAUGCUGUAGACGACAAGGAGGACCCAGAUGACGACAGGGAUAUUGUAGGCGAAGGUAUCAAACGAGAGCAGGGAGAGAAGAUUGUGCUCGAUUUCAAAGCAAAGAAAAAGACACCCGAGACAAGCAACUCGCCCACUCCUCUCCUCUCUUUCAAAAAAGAAACAUCGUCCGAGAAAGAGAAUGCGCCGACAAAGGGGAACGUGUUCAAAAUUGCUCAGAAGAAGGUUAUGAAGGAGAAUCCCUUCAACAGCUCAAAAAAGCCACCAUCAAAUCCGCCCUCCAAGGAUCCCAACCCGUGGAAGAAGUGGGAUGCUUCGAUAAAAGAAGGUUCCAAGCGAAAAGAGAUAACCCCAUCAGAUUCGAUGAGGCUAGAGCAAAGUGAGCAAAAACGGCGCCGGUUAUGA